AAACCAAACCGAACCCACUCAUGCCGACCCUAUCACACAAGAGCGCCGUACACAUAACAGAAGCUUUAAGAUGUAAAUGAAGAUUCCAUAAAAAUGAGAAACUAUAAGCACCAUAAACAUUUUCCGGUGAAAAAUAAUAAAAAUAAGUAAGCAGCCAUAAAACAAAACUAGCCCGCAUCACCGCUUCUCUAUCCUUCGCUGGCUGCAUGAUUGUGUCAAAGCUUGUAAUAACUUCAACCGUUAUCUUUCGUUUGGGGUUCUUUUUCUUCUCCCUCAAUUUCGGGGGAAAACCCUCGUUUUCUAUUUAAUAGCGAGGACUCCUCCCAUGAAUUUUCGUCCCCGUUUACUGCACAGAUCUUCGUCGCUGCUUCAAGUGGUAGGAGAUAACCCUAGAAAUUUUAAUUUCAAGGGUUUCUCCUUCGCGUUCUUUUGUUUCUUUUUGGUGAUUAUGGUGUAGUUUUGCUUUUUUUUUUUUUUUUUUCCUUCGGGUUUCUAGAGAGUUUAGUACAACUGCAGUAGUAAUGGAUGGAUUUGAUGAUGAGGGUGGCAUUCAAAAGAUCCCCAACCAGAAGGAUUUCAAGGGAUUGGCAGAGAGUUCAUCAGAAGAUGCACGCUUUGAUGCAUCACAAUAUGCUUUCUUUGGUAAGGAUGUUAUGGAGGAGGUUGAACUGGGUGGAUUAGAAGAUGAAGAUGAUGGUGUCCCAUUAAUUGGGUUUGAUGGUGAUGAGUAUGCGCUGUCUGAUAGAGAAGAGUUGCAGGGUGAAGGUGUAGGAUCACUAUCUGAUAUUGAUGAUCUUGCAAGCACUUUUUCAAAGUUGAAUAGUGCUGUUAGUAAACCCAGAACUGCUGGAGUUAUUGGUGAAAUGGGAUCUUUCUCUAGGGAAAGUUCAUCAGCUACAGACUGGGCACAAGAUUCUGAUUUUCCUAACUGGUUAGAUACGCAUAUUUUUGAAACAGAAAAUGUUCAGGAAGGUAAAAGAUGGUCAUCACAGCCACAUUCUUCUUCUGCUCAUCUUGGAGACUCAAAACCAUUGUACAGAACAUCUUCAUAUCCUCAGCAGCCACAACAGCAGCAACACUUUAGUGAACCUGUUUUAAUACCGAAGUCAUCUUUUACUUCUUACCCUCCUCCUGGUGGUCGAUCUCAGGCAUCACCAAAUCAGCAUUCUCACCACCCCAACAUGCCAUCUCUUGGUGGACCUCAGUUACCCUUCUCUUCACCAAACAUGCCUCCGUUCUCUAAUUCUCAGCUUCAUUUGCAGAGCCUACCUCAUGGGUUACAUUAUGGUGGAAACCUACCACAAUUUGCCUCCCAAAGCCUCUCCAUGAAUAAUAGGCCACAGGGCCACUGGGGGAACCAGGCCAACCUAUUUCCUGGAGAUCAUUCCAAUCUUUUGAACAACUUGUUACAACAGCAAUUGCCUCAUUCAAGUGGGUUAGUCCCCCAGCAGUUGAUGUCUCAGCAGAAGCAGCAACAACAGAGACUGCAUCAUCCAGUUCAACCAUCUCUUGCCCAUUUUUCAUCUCUCCAGUCCCAAUUAUUUGGUAGCCAUUCUUCUCCACCACCACAUGUAAUAAGUAAGUAUGAAUCAAUGCUGGGGAUGGCUGAAUUAAGAGACCAGAGGACAAAAUCAACACAAAGGGGUAGACAUAACCUGCGUUUUUCUCAACAAGGUUCUGAUACAAGUAGCCAAAAGAGCGAAAAUGGGUGGCUGCAGAUCAGAUCCAAGUACAUGACUGCUGAAGAGAUAGAAACUAUUCUUAGAAUGCAGCAUGCUGCAACACACAGUAGUGAUCCUUAUAUAGAUGAUUAUUACCAUCAGGCUUGUCUUGCAAAGAAGUCUGCAGGGUCAAGGUUGAAACACCAUUUCUGCCCGACUCACCUGAGGGACCUGUCUUCCCGAGCACGUGCUAACACUGAGCCUCAUGCCUAUCUCCAGGUUGAUGCUUUGGGAAGACUACCUUUUUCUUCUAUACGCCGGCCUCGUCCUCUCCUUGAAGUUGAACCUCCAUCUGCUUCUGCUGAUGGUAGCAUUGAGCAAAAUGUUUCUGAGAAGCCUCUUGAACAAGAGCCAAUGCUUGCAGCACGGAUUACUAUAGAAGAUGGCCUCUGUCUUCUUCUUGAUGUGGAUGACAUUGACAGGCUCUUACAAUUUAGUCAGUCCCAAGAUGGUGGGAUGCAGCUGAGACGUCGUCGUCAAGUCCUAUUAGAGGGACUUGCAGCAUCACUUCAGCUAGUUGAUCCACUUGGAAAAGGUGGGCGCACAGUAGGACUGGCCCCCAAGGAUGACCUGGUGUUCCUACGGCUGGUCUCUCUUCCCAAGGGUCGGAAGCUCCUCUCAAGGUACUUACAGCUCCUCUAUCCUGGUGGCGAACUUACACGUAUUGUCUGCAUGGCAAUUUUUCGUCACCUGAGGUUUUUGUUUGGUGGCCUUCCCUCUGACACUAGUGCUGCUGAGACAACAAUAAAUCUUGCCAACACUGUUUCUGCAUGUUUGUGUGAUAUGGAUCUCAGUGCACUUAGUGCUUGUCUUGCUGCCGUGGUUUGCUCCUCAGAGCAGCCUCCACUGCGGCCACUUGGAAGCUCUGCUGGAGAUGGCGCAUCUGUCCUCUUAAAAUCUGUCCUUGACAGGGCAACUGAACUAUUGACAAAUCCUCAGGCUGCCAGCAACUACAACAUGCAGAACCGGGCCCUUUGGCAGGCAUCUUUUGAUGCUUUCUUUACCCUACUCACAAAGUAUUGUGUAAGCAAGUAUGACAGUAUUGUGCAAUCAUUGCUCAUGCAAGCCCCGCCAAAUACAGCAUCUAUUGGGUCAGAGGCAGCAAGAGCUAUAAGCAGAGAGAUGCCAAUUGAGCUGCUACGUGCAAGUAUUCCACACACCAAUGAGCAUCAGCGGAAGAUAUUGCUGGACUUUGCACAGCGCUCCAUGCCUGUUACUGGAUUUAAUACCCAUGGCAAUGGCAGUGGAGGUCAAAUGAAUUCUGAAUCAGUUCCUGGUUAGUAAAUAAGUAGUCCUGGGAACAAUGUUGUAGUUGGGUUAUUGGAUUCUCUGUUUGUCGAUCCUUGAAUGCUUGUUGUGGGUCUGCCUGAAAAAUGGAAUGUGACAGCAUCAAGGGUUGAGCACAUGGCGUAGGAUCAAGUUUCUUCAGCUUCUCUUUCCCCCAUUUGUGUUUUUUUUCCUGAACUUCCCUUUCUCUUACCAUUUUUAGUGUCCCUUUCCCACCUGUUUUCAUUUGGUGAACUGUAGGCCUUUGUGUAUUAUGUUGAAAACUCUUUCGGGGAGUCUGUGACUAGAAGUUUUCUUCUGGGGAGCUUAAUUUUGGUGCUCUUUGUUGGUACUCCAAACAGAAGUGGGUGUGGAGUAAGGGAAAAUGUACAGGGUUCAUAACAGAAGGCCUUCCAUUUUCCUUUCAUGUCAUGCACUCUUUUGUGCUUUGAUUUUCCCUUUCCUUUUUUCAAAGAGGGGGAGGAUCCCGAUCUUCAAUUACUGGUUUUUCUUUUGUUUUUUUGUUUUUUUUCUUUUUUUUGUUAAAAUGUGGGAAUUUGUCCACUCUUUACUGACAGUGAAAUUGGGGACCUUUGGUCAUGUCAUAUACUUGGUAUAAACAGGUUGAUUAGGGAGAUGCUCCCUGAACAUUUGACUAAGAGCCUGUAAAACCAUGAUAAAGCUUUGGUAAUUAUCUACCUUAAAUGUUGUACCAAGUUUCAGGAUU